AAAGCACAAAUGGUCACAUACUAUACAGUUAUAUCUCACUCUGUCUAGUAGUCCCAGACAUAUCACACCGUACGGUUUCCGCUCUGCUUUUCUGGGUUGACACGUACUGCCAGAGUAGGUGAAUACUUUCAACACCGCCUAAACAAGCAAAAAUAUUGAGACAUUAUCUGUUGACUGGUCAUCAUGGUUGUCAGUUGUGGUCUACUUACUGAAAACAAGGAGACAGUUCCUCUAAAGGGCAUUGAAGUGGAAGUGGAGGUUAAAGACCAAGUGGCUGUAGUGGUCUCCACUCAGCACUACGAGAACAAGGAGGACAAAGCCAUCGAGGCCAUUUUUGUAUUCCCUCUACCUGGGGAUGCUGCCGUCUGCCAUUUCAGUGCCAAAAUUGGACAAACUGAGAUUGUAGCUGAAGUGAAAGAGAAACAGCAGGCUCGAGUGGAGUACGGCGAUGCGCUGAGUUCCGGUUGGCAGGCCUUCCUCCUGGAGGAGAGUGACCAGAGCCCAGACAUCUUCUCUCUGUAUGUCGGUAGUCUUCCUCCAAGAGAGAGCGCCUUCAUCAGACUGGAGUAUGUCACUGAGCUGGCUGUGGAGGCCGACAGAGGACUGAGAUUUUGUCUGCCUGUGGUGCUCAACCCUCGCUACCUACCUCAAGGAAGUGUAGGUGACGGUGUCCAGGUGACGUCUGUUCCCGCCUCUCUGGUGCCGUACAGUCUGUCCUUCUCUGCCAGGAUUUCCUCUCCUCGUAAGGUCCUGAAAGUGGACUCCAAGUGUUCCCUGGAGCCUCUGCAGUACCUCAACAAGAAAAAAACCCAGGCGGUUGUUAAACUGGCUGCAGGACACAAGUUUGACAGGGAUAUUGAGCUGUUUAUAUACUACAAAAAUUCCCACCAGCCAACUGCUGUGGUGGAAGCAGGAAAAGCAUUUGCCACACCUGGCACAAUGAUUGGGGAUCCAGUAAUGAUGCUGAGUCUAUACCCUGAGUUUCCCCAGGAAGUCAUGUCUUCAAUUGCCACAAGUGGAGAAUUUGUGUUCUUACUGGACCGAUCUGGAAGUAUGGAUGGUGCUCCGAUCAGCAGUGCUAGGGAUACUCUCUUGCUGCUUCUGAAAAGUUUGCCAGUUGGCUGCUAUUUUAACGUUUACAGUUUCGGUUCAUCCUUCGAACCCAUUUUCAAGAAAAGUAGAAAGUACAAUGAAACCACGAUGGAAAUGGCUCAAAAGAAAGUCGAGGAGAUGCAGGCUGACAUGGGAGGAACGGAGAUACUUAUGCCCCUCAAGCAUAUUUACAGCCAGCCCUGCAUUCCCAGUCAACCUCGACAGCUCUUUGUCUUCACUGACGGCGAAGUGGAAGACAUCAAAGAAGUUAUAAGCCUGGUGAAGAAGAAUUCCAGUUCCCACAGGUGCUUUUCUUUUGGGAUUGGGGAAGGAGCAAGCACCGCUCUCAUCACUGGUUUGGCAAAGGAGGGGUGUGGUCAUGCCCAAUUCAUCACAGGCGCUGACAGGAUGCAACAAAAGGUGAUGCAAUCGCUGCAGUUUGCUUUGCAACCAGCAGUGAAGGACAUCUCAGUUAAAUGGGAUUUGCCAAAAGGGGUGUCUGUCACACCUCUGUCCCCACCUCCAACUGCUCUUUUCAAGGGUCAACGGUCGCUCAUUUAUGCUCAGCUCACGGGACAGAGUUCGGAGGGAACAGAUGGUUGUGUAACUGUGACGUACACCCUAGCAGGCCACCCAUUCAAUGACAAGCUCAGCUUUCUGCUACAACCUACAGAGGACACUGGAUUAACAGUCCACAGGCUCGGUGCCCGAACUCUGAUUCGUGGUCUAGAGACAGAGAACGGUGAAGGAGUGAAGAAAAAGGUGGUGGAAGUCAGCGUCCAAUCAGGAGUGAGCAGCUCCUUCACCUCUUUCAUUGCUGUCAACAAAGCCAGCAGAGAAGCCAUUCAAAGACCAAUGCUGCCAAGACGUAUUCCACGUAUUCACGUACCCCGCCGCUAUUGCUGUCGUGGAGGAAGCGCAGGUUUUUCAGUUCUCGAUAUCCAGCUGGACACCACUGGUGGUUCGCGAAAACGUAAGAGUCAAUCUGGUAUGGACAAAGUGAAACGAAAACACCGUUCUCGCCCACAAAGUUCAGACACAGUCUCUCUAGUCACAGUUGAUGUCCCCACCUCUGCCAAAGUAAAGCACCCAGACUCUUUGCUGCAGUUGGUCUCGCUCCAGAAAGCGUCAGGCUGCUGGGAACUCAAUCCGGCUCUGGCUGCUGCGCUCAACAAGACCAUCAAAGAGUUGCAACAGCCCAAGCCACCAAAAGUGAAUAGAAAUGUGUGGGCCACAGUUCUGGCACUGGUCUGGCUCCAAGCGUUUAGGGUCGAUGCGCAAAUUGAAUGGAAGCUUCUUGCUCAAAAGGCUGUGUCAUGGCUAACGGCUCAAAAUGCACCAAGUAUGACAGAGUGUAUCAUGGCUGGAAACACUCUUUUGGGCUGCAGUGUGCAAAAAGAUGCCCUGGGUCUUUAAGUACUCCAAUACAAUGCCUUCUGCUGAAUUAGUCUCUCUGCCUUUCCUUGCCUUGAUCGCCAAACUGUGAAGCGGACAUGCUAACCACUCAGUCACUGUGCCACUCGCUUUGGUAAAUAUAAAAUGCAUAUAUAUAUAUAUAUAUAUAUAUAUAUAUAUAUAUAUAUAUAUAUA